AUGGCAAAAUUUAAAGAAGAGAAUGAAGAUGACAGUGAAGAGUCUUUAAUUUCUCAGUUCGAGACUACAUUAUCAAUCAGACCUUCGAACGACAUUCCAGAAGAUGAGGAUCUAUCAAUCGAUCAUACGACUGUGAUCCACGGAACAACAAUUGGGCUCUACAACCGAGACCAAUCCAUCGUUGAUAUCGAAGAGCUCGAAGAAGAGGAACAACUUCUGGAACAGAUUCCCAACUUCAAGGCCAAGAGACAAUACAGACUUCAACCCGAAAAUGCUAUAAAAACAACAAAAAUAAACCGGGCCGACAAGGGCCGAUUUCAAAAAGCGGACACCUCAGAAUACUUGUCGCUGCAAAAUGCAGCUUUCAGAAAGACAUUGGAGCCUUCUCCAUAUCUUGAUAUUGAGUUGUUACGCUUUAAUCGAACAUUUGAGGAGUUUAUAGCGGCUAAUCCCCAAAUCAUGUCGGAAAGUCCAAAGUUCCGAGUUAACACAGACAAAACUCUCGUUUUAUUGUCGCCUUAUUCACCAGAGCAUGCUUUUGGUCGGAAGUGGGUAUCAAAGUCGUACUUGGCAACGAUUUUUGAACGCCCACAAAGAUUAUUGGCAGCUUCUAUUGGAGUUUCAGCAGCACUCACAAUGUUCCCAUAUUUCUAUGAGGUUGCAAAUUCAACAAAAAAGGGUUCUUUGUUUUCUGAUCAUGUUCUCAAAGUACACGGAAGGGACUGGCCUCGUAAAUUGUUCGAAUUAUGCAUUCAAUCACAUGAAAAGUUGAACGAAGGAAAACUUGAGGUACCAGAAGAUUGGAAUGUUGGUGAUAUUUAUUUGACCCCUAAAACAAUCACUGCUCUAGAAGGAGUAUUGGGGACAAUCGAGACAUCAAUUGACUCUUUAUACGCUUCCAAGAAUGAGGAAGAUAAUCAUAAGCUCGCUUUUGUCGUCCUUCGACCCCCUGGACAUCAUUCACAUGCUUGCUUACCUAGUGGUUUUUGUUUGUUGAAUAACGCACAAAUUGGAAUUGAAUACGCCUAUGAUAAGUAUGGUGUUACUCAUUGUGCGGUUCUUGAUAUCGAUCUUCAUCAUGGAGAUGGCUCUCAGGACAUCUGUUGGGAACGAGCUGGGUUCAGGGGUGACUAUGGUAAGAAGGAUGAUGAAUUUUUUGACGCCAAAGAGAAUCCAAGAAAUGAUUACGGGAAGAAAUUCGCUCUGUUUCCAAAGGUUGGGUACUUCUCUUUGCAUGAUAUCAAAUCUUAUCCAACAGAAUUAGGUUAUGCGACAAAGGAAAACAUCAAAAAUGCCUCCUUAUGCAUUAUGGAUCACGAUUUGAAUCUAUGGAAUGUUCACCUUCAAGACUGGUCAACAGAAGAGGAAUUUUACAAGCAUUACAGAACCAAAUAUGUUGCAAUAUUGAAUCGUGCUAAUCAAUUCCUAAAUCUGGCCAAGAAACAAUACGAGCAGACUUACGCUUCGUAUUUGACAGAACUUUCGAAGUAUAACAAGUACUUGCUCAAGCCUCACUUGUAUAAACAGGACAUGAGCAAACCGAUUCCUCCACCACCCUUCAAACCAUUGAUUGUCAUUUCUGCUGGAUUUGAUGCUUCUGAGUAUGAGAAUCCCCAAAUGCAGCGUCAUGGCAUCAAUGUUCCAACGUCAUUCUACGCAACAUUCACAAAAGAUGUUGUUAAACUUGCCAAGAUUCAUACUGAAGGAAAAGUUGUUUCUUUUUUGGAAGGUGGCUAUUCAGAUGGUGCUCUCAUUUCUGGGAUAUUCUCUCAUUUGAUUGGCUUCACCAAUAAUCAGAAAUACGAUGAUGAGAAUGAUGAUUUGUUGUGGAAUGAUACUUGGGGGACAGAACAAGUCAUAAAAGAAUUAUCCAAAGGGUGUAAGCGUUCCUGGGCAGCAUACAAGAACCCCAAAUCAGAUAUUACGAUAUGGGCCAACGAAGUUAUUAAAUUGGGUAGAGCAAUGAUGCCAAAUUCCAUAUUACCUACUAACUACAUUUAUCAGUAUAAUGAUCUGGCUAACAAAGUGGCUUUUGAGAGAUCUGUAUCGCCAGAUGCAGUCGCUGGGAAUAAGAUGCUCAGGGAAAUUUUAGAUGAAGAGGGUAAUCCGCAUGAGUUUUCAAAAAGCCCUGUUAGAAAUGACCCUGAAGACAACAGAAGGAUAAUACGACAUACAAGGUCUUAUUAUAAGAAGAAAGGGUAA